AUGUUAAUAAUAAACUCUGAUACUACUAAGAGACCUACAAUGCCCCCAGAACAAACUACGAGCCUUCCAGUGACGACUUCUGAGCUUAAAAGUUUUGUAACAAUACCAGAACCUAUUACAAACUAUCCAGUAACUACUCUUGAGCCUAUAAUAAACUCCGCAACGAUCCCAGAACUUACUACAAAGCCUCCAGAAUCAACUACAGAAGUUACAACGUACCACAUAGUAAAGACAACAGACAUUAGAACGAGCGCCCAUGUAACGAAUACAGAAUCUACUUCAAGUCCUCUUAAAAGAAUGCCAAAGGCCACUACGAGUCUUACAGCAACAGUACGAGAACCAACCAAUAGUCUUGCACCAAAUUUUUCGGUUAUUAAUAGAAAUAUUUCUAUGUCGGCUUUUAAGCGUAAUACAAGUUCUACAAUAACUCCAGAACCAACUACAAAUCUCCCAGUGUCAACUUUUCAAGAGCCUAUAUCAAGUUCUCAAGCGAUGCCUCAAGAACCUUCCCUGAUUUCUCCUUUGACUAUUUUAGAGCCUACUCUGACUUCUAUCAUGAGGACUCUAGGGCCUACUACGAGUUCUCAGAUGAAAGACCAAGAACCAAUGACAAAGCCCGAAAAAAUUCGAGAAACAACUACUAGUCGUUCAAUAAUGACUUUAGAAUCCACCAAGAGUUCUACAGAAGCGAUGUCAAAACCGACUACAGGUUCAUUAAGAACGACUUUAAAAUUAAUUACAAAUAAUCGUAACUUCCAACAUCCGUUUAAUUUGCCUACUCAUAGACCAGAAGUUCCUACACCAAGUUUAAACGUUUUUCUUAAUUAUAUUGAUCGUAAGGAGGGUUUUACUAAGCCUAUUAUACAAUCUACAGGAGUGACUACAACUUCUGUUGCCACCCCUAUAGGCGCAGAAGUUAAGAUAUUACCGCUCACACAAAGUUCAUACAGUAAACCUCUAUUUGAUGUAAAGAAUGGUCCAGUAAAUGCAAAAUUAAACGCUUUUUUCAGUCAUACAUCAGCUAAAAAUAUAUCUUCUCCAUAUGCUAGAAGUGAUUAUGAAGUGCCGAUGAAACUAACAAUACCUGGUCUACCUAAGAACUCACAUAAUAUGCCUCUACCUUAUAUUAUGAAGCCUUCAAUAGCUCUAAAUAAAAAUGAUCAUCCAAGACCUCUUUCGUUUAGCCGCUUGAGGCCACAGAGUGCCCAUGAUGAAUCUCCUUACGGUGGCAAUAAUAAUACACCUCCUCUUGGUAAAGGAAUGCCUCAGAAAAGCCAUAUACUACCUCAAAGACGAAAUGAUCAAAAUACGCCAAUUCAGUCAUCUGUUAGAAUUUCUACGAAUCUUAGCAGCUCACUGGGUUCAACAACGAAUAAACCGGUCCCUAUGUCAAAAUCAAAUAACGAUGAUGAUGACGACUACAAAUCGUUCUUUCACCUUUCUUCUAAAGACUCAGAGGCACACAGACGCGCUCUCAAAGAAGCUAAAAAACUAAUCGAAGACAGUAAACGAGCACAACGUAUUAUUAACAAUAUAUUUAAAAAGAAAAACAAAGGAAAAAGUGUAUUAAAUUUUCCAAAAUCAUUAAAAAUUGGUAAAUGA